CUGGACAGAGGGCCGGGCGGACAAGGCGGGGCCUCACCUGGGCCGACUGGUCCGGGAGCGAUCAGGUGCCCGUGCACGCCAAGCAGGUGGGCAGCAGCGACGAGGAGUACUACCGGAACGGCAUCCACUUCGAGCUGUACACCGUUAAGAACCCGGACGAGCCCGAGCUCCUCGACAUUUACUCGUCAGAGCUCGAUUUUGAGACGGUCUUCGACGCCCGACGCCCAACCAAGGUGGCCGUGCACGGCUGGCUCAGCGACGGACUCGGCCUGAUACAGCUGAGGAAGGCGUUCCUCGCCACCUCAGACGUCAACUACAUCGCGGUCAACUGGACCGACAUCGACACCAUCGUGUACCCGCUGGCGCGCUACCACGUGUCCAGCAUAGCACAGCGCGUCGCCUUCCUGCUGGACUUCCUGCGCAUCAUGUUCGGCGUGCCGCUCUCCUCCGUCCACGUCAUCGGCCACAGCCUCGGCGCGCACAUCUCAGGCCUGGCGGGCAGCAUGGUCCAGUGGGGCAGGUUGGGCCGCAUCACAGGUCUAGACCCGGCCGGACCGCUGUUUUUAAACGACCCGACGCGCCGCCUGGACAAGAACGACGCCAUGUUUGUGGACGUGAUCCACACGUGCGCCAACCUGCUGGGCUACAGGGACGCCAUCGGCCACACCGACUUCUACCCCAACGGCGGGAACUGCUUCCAGCCGGGCUGCGCCCUGACAGACAUGACCCAGGGGACGUGCAGUCACGACCGAGGUUACGACUUCAUGGAAGAGUCCAUACGCGGGGGGAUCUUCACGGCAUUCCCGUGCGCGGGGGCGAACAGCGCCCCCGACUUCAGUCAGCCAGAUAAAAACAUAGUGAUGGGCGUUUCUACGCCGCCCAGCUCGAGAGGAUCCUUCUGCCUCUACACUAACGAUGCAUCACCCUUCGCAAUGGACCAGACCAAGCAGCUGAAGGUUGCCGCGAAUACCAGUACUACCGAACCUGACGAGCAAUUCAGGGCAAGGGUCUACAGGACCUUCAUGCGCAGGGGAACAGAAUACGAAAGUUUGGGAAGAGACAUGCCCGACUUUUAAUUGGGAAGAAGUUAGAAACUUACCAAAAUAAAACUUACUACAAGGAGAGUACGCAUUGCAGUACAAGAAAAAGACACAGUUCCCAGGAUGAUACGAAAAAUCAAAAGCGUCGAAACACAUGUGCCAUAUUACCUAAACCCAACACCAAGUGCGAAAUAAAGAUAAUUUUGCACAGAAAACAA